UUAUUUAUUAAUCCCCACCCCCUAUCCGAGUUAACUUGUAUAGCAAACCCUAACUUUCAGUUUGUGAAUUGCGACACGACCCCAUCGAAAUGGCUCGUACCAAGCAAACUGCUCGUAAAUCCACCGGUGGCAAGGCUCCUCGCAAACAACUCGCUACUAAGGCUGCUAGAAAAUCUGCUCCUACCACCGGCGGUGUGAAGAAGCCUCACCGUUACCGUCCUGGAACCGUCGCUCUACGUGAAAUCCGAAAAUACCAGAAAAGUACCGAACUUUUGAUCCGUAAGCUCCCGUUCCAGCGUCUUGUUCGUGAAAUUGCUCAGGAUUUCAAGACUGACUUGAGGUUCCAGAGUCAUGCGGUUCUUGCUCUUCAAGAGGCCGCUGAGGCUUAUUUGGUGGGUCUGUUCGAGGACACCAACUUGUGCGCUAUUCAUGCUAAGAGGGUGACCAUUAUGCCCAAGGACAUUCAGCUUGCUCGCCGAAUCCGUGGUGAAAGGGCCUAAGUUUGCUUUUCCCUUUUGUUAUGUUUCAUAGGUUCUACAUGAAACUGGAAUAGCAUGGUUUAAUUGUGGAUUAUAUAUGGUACUCUCCUGUAAUUAGUUGAUGAUGGGAGGGUAUUAUUUAUAGUGACUCUUUUUGUUAACGUUCUUGACGAUUAGAGAACCUUAGUCUAUGUUCUUUACCCUUCUGUUUAAUCGGAUCACUUAUUAUGUUGCUUA